GGUCACGUCAGGUCUUACUCUGGAGCGCGCGGAUCGUUCAUAUCGACGCCGGCGCCCUUGCUUGCGUUUGACUCUUCUUCUCUGCAUACGCGCGCCCCCGUUGAUAUCCUGAGAUACCAUUUUGCUCUGCCCAUUGCCGCGUGCGACGUUUUGACAUUUGAACAUGGAGUUGUCGCGAGAGCAAACGCAGACGAGAUUUCUGGCAAUAAUUCUGCCCGUGCUCACACUCUCGACGCAUUUGCUACUUUUGCUGUCUUCUGCACUACCAGGAGACAGCCAGACAUGCGCGCUUUGGUCGCUGACAUAUAACGGACUGGGAGUGUUUGCAAGCAUGCUCGGGUUAUUGGGCGCAGUCAAGUUAUUACCUCGGCUCGUAUCAGUCUACACCCUCUUCCAGGCCACUACAUUGUCCUUCGUCACCCUCGCUCUCCUCAACACACUUCUUCCAUUCGACCUGCGUUAUAUGAACCCGGUGAUUCCGAGUUGGCGGGUAGACGAGACAGCGAUAUGCCGAGACAUUCAUGCAGGUUUCGGAUGGGACGAAGAGUGGCUCAUGCGGUGCUCGAAGAGCUUUGGCAUGGUGCAGGUGGGCGUUGCUUGUGGCGGUCUGGUGCUCAUGAUCGCGCAGUGGUGGGCGUUGGUCACCGUAAAGAGCUGGAGCAGCGAGUUGCAGGGCCAACGGCGGAACAGAGGAGAUAUCGAAAAAGCUGGCUUUGAGACUGGAGAAUAUGGUUAUGUGGUCAGAGAGAAGCAAGCGCUCUGGGAAAGAAGCGAUAUGUAACGGAACCUCCGUAUGUUUUCAAAACCACCUGGUACGAACCGGUAGCCACUACACAAUGGAAUGCCUCUCUAUGGAAAUCUUCUAGCCACAAGUAUCGAGAUCAGAGGUGAUGGUCGUCUGGGAAUGU